UUUGCCUGAUCUAAUGUUGUCUCUCUCCUCUGCUGGCCAUGCUCUGUAGCUAUGAAGAUAAUAAACCAUUUAUCAAGUCGUGGGUCAUGGGCGGCUUUGCUCUGCUGUGUCUCUUGGGCCUGACCUGGUCAUUUGGGUUGUUCUUUAUCAGCGAGUCGUCCGUUGUCUUGGCGUACCUCUUCACCAUCUUCAACACUUUCCAGGGCAUGUUUAUCUUCACCUUCCACUGCCUGCUUCAGAAGAAAGUUCGGAGAGAGUACAGCAAAUGCCUCCGACACACGUACUGCUGUAGUGGGAUCACGACAGAGAGCUCACACAACUCCACAAAGACCUCAACAACACGGACAAGCGCUCGCUAUUCCUCUGGUACUCAGAGUCGAAUUAGAAGAAUGUGGAACGACACAGUCAGAAAACAGUCUGAGUCCUCUUUCAUCUCAGGAGACAUCAACAGCACAUCAACCCUCAACCAAGGAAUGACGGGCAAUUAUCUUCUUACUAACCCUCUUCUGAGACCACAAGGCACUAAUAACCCCUACAACACCUUACUGGCUGAAACUAUCGUAUGUAACACACCAACGGUGCCAGUCUUUCACUCUCCAGGACACUCGGUGACCAGCGGCAGAGAUACGAACACGUUCGGGACUCUGCCACUCAACGGUAACUUUAAUAACAGCUACUCACUCCAUAACUACAACGACGGCGUGCAGGUGGUGGAUUGCGGGCUCAGUCUCAAUGACACGGCCUUCGAGAAGAUGAUCAUCUCUGAGCUCGUGCACAACAACCUCAGGGCCACCGAGUCCCGGAUCAGCACCAAAAAGGGGGCGGGGAUCAGCAGAGGGGAGGAGACUGUGGUCGCGGAGACGUCGUCCCUGGUGCAGGUGGGUGGGGACAGCGAGAUGGACGGUCUGGGGCUUCACCACACGCAUCCCCGCACGCUCGAAGCUCCCCUCAUCCCCCAGCGGACUCACUCGCUCCUGUACCACACGCAGGAGAGAGCGAGGGCCGACACGGACGGAGGGCCUACGCAUCCCCACAGCUACAUCGGCCAGUUCCCGCCUCCGGCCGAGACCGCCCUGCCCUCCCCCAACAGAGACUCGGUGUACACCAGCAUGCCAAACCUCAGAGACUCGCCAUUCUCGGAGAGCAGUCUAGACGUCGGCCAGGACCUCUCGCCAUCCAAACACAGUCCGAGCGAAGACGUUUACUAUAAAAGCAUGCCCAACCUGGGGUCAGGCCAGCAGCUGCACGCGUAUUAUCAGAUGAGCAGAGACAGUAGCGAGGGCCUCAUCAUCCCCGUCUCUAAAGACGCCUGUGUCCCCGAGGGGGACGUACGAGAGGGACAAAUGCAGCUGGUCACAAGCCUUUAAAACAAACUGUAAGCACCGCCCACCAUGUACACAGCCCCGCCUAUCCACCGAUGGCAGAGUGGUCUUCCUUUUUUAGCCUCCCACAUAACUGCACACAUAAUGGAGAAGUACCGCUGCUGUCCAACGAGUUACAGGCAGGCCCAGACGGAAUCUGCAGACUUUUUAUUGCAUUUUCUGUGCUGAUUUUUGCUGGAAAUUUGCAGUGCAAUGGAUUAAGUUGGUGAAAUGGGUCAUACCAAGCCUUGUUUUUUGGUAAAAUAUCCUUAAAAAAAUGCAUAAAACCUGAUAUUAAUUAAGAUUCCUUUAAUUAUAUUUUUUCUUACCCCACUGGCAAAUUUUAUUAUUAUUAAUAUUAUUAUUGUUGUUGUUACUUAAAUUUUACUGACUUCAAACAGGGUAUAAAUACUUCCCCUUUUCUUACCUUCCCACCUUUUUCCUACCUUUCCCACCACUUGGUGUUCCUGGUCAAAAAUGGUAUACGUUGCCAAAAUGAUCUUAAAAUAAUGUUGUUUUUACUCAAAAACUGAGGUGCAUAAACCAGGGCUGCCAGGGCUUCAUAUCAAAACCAGCCCAACUGCUACUCAAAACUAGCCCAAUUACAUCCAAAUCAAGCUCAAUAGCAGGGUUUCCACGGGGGUCGUACACAGUCGAAAUCACAUUCCAGAGGGGCAGGGGAUUUCGCUUUACCCCACGGACUAAAAAAACAACCCGCAGCAACAGUAUAAAAGUAGCCCAGUUCCGCAGGAAAAGUGUGGAUCUGGCAACACUAGCAUAAGCGCAGAUCAAUGAAGCCAACAAUCAUUCAGUUCAGAAACAGAAGAAAAAAAAAACCUGUGCUAAAUGCAAGAAAACAAAAAGUU